AUUUGACUACAGUAUGUAAUAAUCACAUCCAGUGUGUCAUCCUCUUGAGUAAACCAUUUAAAAGCUGUUUGUUUCCAAGCUAUUGUAAUGCAUUUACUGUACAUUUAAGUCAGAAAUGUUACUGUGUUUAAGGGUUUAUAUAAUAACAAUGGUAUUACAGUAAUGUGAUUAAAGUGGUAUAGUCAUCCAAUGCUGGUCAGGGUAGAUUAGUAGUUCUAAAUCCACAUCAUUUCAAAUAGAAUGACUAAUACCAGUUCUUUAAACUCAAUAAAGCCCACCAUUGACAAGCAUCAAGAUGUAUGUAGUAACUCUUACAUUAACCUCCUGAGUUAUUUAUGUGUGUAACAUUAUUGUUUUGUGUACUUACUAGAAUAAAAAUGGUUUAUUAAACCUAGUCCAGAUGCCCAAAGAAAUGUCAACAUUUUCUGAAUGUUCUUAGUAUAAUUAAAGUGGGCUGGGACUAGCUGGAAAUGACGUACAGAAGCUCCAUUCAGUGUAUCAGACUGGCCAGAUUUUGAUCAAUGUUCUUUCUGUCAUUACUACAUUUCCAUCCUCUCACAGCUGAUAUACUUCUGUGUAAAAGCACAAGGUUGUUGGUUAUGCUGCACAGUGGUCUGGCCUGAGUUACUGAUGACUGGGAAAUGGGAUCCAGCUUCUAAAUUGUGUGUUGAUGGAACUCUUCCUGUUUUAUUUGGGCUGUGAUAAAUAUGCCUUCCUGCCUCCCACUUCCUUCUGUCUGGUAUGAUUUUUCCAGUGAUCCCCACAAAGGAAUCCCCAUGCAACGAGAAGAAUCUUACAUCGGGUUUAAUCGUCCCAAAAAGAAAGUGGGGUCUUUUGCUCAUCAGACUCAAAGCUCUGCAGUAAGAAGAAGUGGAGGAGGUGGGAAGUUCAGCAAGAUGUUUCUAUGGACAGGCAGCAGAGCUGCACAGGGCAGCCAGUAUGAAAGAAGGACUGUUUACCAGAGAAUCCGAGAGCACGGCCACCUAGAUAAGAGGAAGACAGUGACUGCUCUGAAAGCAGGGGAGGACCGGGCCAUUCUCCUGGGCCUCACCAUGAUCAUGUGUUCUGUGAUGCUGUACUUCGUCCUGGGGAUCACAAUCCUCCGAUCCUACAUGGAGAGUGUCUGGACGGAGGAGUCGUGGUGCACUGUGCUCAACUCUAGCAACAUAGGAGAUAUGAACUGUACAUUCAGCUGUGGCUCCGACUGCUAUGGAGUCUCAAAGUAUCCCUGUCUGCAGGUCUUUGUCAUCCUGAACUCCUCUGGAGAAGUGUACCGGCUGUCCCACACGGAGGAGACUCUGGAAAUCAACCCUGAGUGCUUUUAUGUACCGAAAUGCAAAAAGACGUGCAACAUGACUGUAAUCGAGAGCAUUGCUGAGCAUUUCAAAAAACAUCAACAGUUUCCAUGCUUUCAUGACCGGGAAAGAAAACAAGACAAUGUCCUUUUGACUAGACUGUACGGGCCCAGCGCUGUCUUUCACUCCCUCUUCUGGCCUACCUGUAUGCUCAUUGGAGGUACCCUCAUCAUCACCAUGGUGAAGCUCACACAGUAUCUCUCCUUGCUCUGCGAGGGCAUCAGCAAAGUCAAAAGGUGAAAUGUAAAAGGAAAAAACAGUCUUACACUCCACACCAAAGAACCUUAAGAAGUGUAAAGAAUGCUAUAUUCCCAAACUGCUGUAUCCGAAAAGUCUUGUUUGCCACAUUUCCUAACACUUAUCUUGUUAACAUUGAAGGGUCAAGUAUAAAAGCAGCGUAUUCUUCAUUUCUGAACGUUUUGAUCUAGGUCUGUGUAAAGUGACUGUUCCUGCCUGUCACGUGAAGGCAUUCUAGAACGGAAUACUUAGUCACCAUCAUUUCAUUUCUGGAAAUUCAGUUGCCUUAAGCUUCUCUCAGUGUGAAAGAAAAGUAUCCCACAGAAUUGCAGCCAUAAAAAUUGUGGAUGUUAAUGAAAAAGCAAUGAA